AUGCCGUCCAAAAAAAUUGUCAAAGAUCGGUUAAUUUAUUUUUCAGUGGAUACGUUGGUCACAACGCAGCUUACUUUGGAAUCCUUUGAUGCCGCCAGCAUUGAUAUCGAUUCCAUAACAAGCGUGCAACGAAAAUCCUCCAACAAGUCUUGGAUUGUCACUUUCGCCUCCCGAGCCGCCAAGGAAGCAGCAUUGGAGAUCCAACAUGUCACCAUGUCAGGGCUGAGUGUGUUCUUAGGGGACUGCGAUAAUCACCUCGCCCUUGUCAAGAUAUACGAAGCGCCUGCGGAGUUACCCGACACGCCUGGCCAUCGUGCCCAAGAUUGUGGAGAGCUGGCAAAAUGCAGCGUAUGCAGAGCAGAAGAUCACGACAUCAGUAAUUGUCCGUUCGUUUUAUUCAGUGCGAAUGUUAACAAUGAACCCAGUGAAGAAAAAUCGGACGAGCAAAAACAGAAAGAGAAGGAAGAACGAGCUAAGCGAAUGAGGGAGCGGAUAGAGGACAAGCGCAAACAAGAAGAGCUAAAACGCAAACAAGGGAAGCUAAAACGCAAACAAAAAGAGCUAAAGCGCAAGCAGGAGGAGGAGCAAAAGCGUAAACAAGACGAAGAACGACAGCGGCAACAACUGGACGACAGAAGAGAGCGCAGAAGGAAUUCUGAGAAUGAAUGA